AAAGUGUUCGUUAAGGUUAUGUUGUAACAGGACUAAAAGGUAGGCAAUGUGAUUUGAGAUUGAGGAAUUGGUACACGCGGUACUGGUGUUGUGCUGUGCAAAGUGAAGUGAAAAUCGGUACCAAAGGAAAGAAAAACGGUGUCGGUGCACCAAAGCUAGGUUUACAUUCCGAUCGAUUGGGAAAGAAAAAAGAAAGCACAUCGUCGUUGGUGGAAAUGGCCUACACGAACAAUGUUGGCGAUAUUGUACAUCUGAACGUUGGUGGCACGAGAUUUUCGACUUCAAGACAAACCCUAACAUGGGUUCCAGAUACCUUCUUUACCUCCCUUCUAAAUGGGCGCAUAUCAAGCUUGCGAGAUGAAACGGAUGCUAUUUUCAUUGACCGUGAUCCAAAGCUGUUUAGUUUAGUGUUGAACUAUCUGCGGACAAAGGAAAUAGAUAUCAAAUCGGUCGAUAUUCGUGUACUCCGCCAUGAGGCCGAAUUUUAUAACAUUGCUCCACUCAUCAAACGGCUAAUGCUGUGCGAAGAGAUGGAUCAGUCCAGUUGCGGGGAUGUUCUUUUCUACGGUUAUCUACCCGCUCCAAAUAUUCCUAUUCAAGAAAUUCCCAUCGGAUCGUCAGGUUCAUCGGGCAGCUCGAUAAGUGCCGGUACUGGCACUAUAAGCUCGUUCACCUCCACUAACUCGUCAACACACCACAAGCAGGAACCUGUUCCGGGUCCUUCGAACAGUCAACAAAGGCAACAACAACAGCCUUUGCUAUCUUCGUCAAAUUCAAACCCAAUAGCUCCGCAACAUAAUCCCACAUUGUCCGCUUCGACUGCUCCUGCUGGGAUAUGUCAAACUAAUCCUCGUCCCGGAUCAAUGGUACGAGUCCCGGAGCUUUCUCAAGGCGCACCAGGUUCAUCUGGCGGUGGUAGUGGUGUUGGUAACGGCAAUGGAAAUGGUGGCAAUGUUGGGUUAACCGGGACAGCCAGUGGAACAGGCAGCGGUGGAAGCAACACAUCCCGGCAUGCAGGCCAUUCGCGUAACUCGUCCUGGGAUCUGCGUGUUUCCUACAGUGGCAAUGGUAACCGUGGGAAUUCCCAGUGGAUGCCAGGCCAUUCGCGCACGGCAUCUCUCGACAUGAUGCGCCACUCUCGCAACUCGUCCGUCGAUCUGAACAAAUACAUUCGUAACGAGGUGGGUCUGCUGUUCGGACCUGGAACAACCGGUACCGGCUGGGCCGAUCCUAUGAGAGUGCAAAUUAUCAAGGCGCACCACAACUGGAUCUCCGUCGCGUAUGCACAUUUUGUAACGUGCUAUCGGCUGAAAGAUUACUCCGGCUGGCAGCAGAUUUUUAUUUCGCCGUACAUCGAAACCACGAUCGAGCGGAUCGCGAUCAAUGCGAAGAUGAAUUUGGCCACUUCCGCGGGCGAACAGUCGCACAGCAAGAUGGUAGCAAUCUCGUACGGCAGUCAAAUUCGACUGUGGGGAAUCUCGGAAGAUGGUAGCAAGGCCGAGGUCGGUACAUUUAAUUUGCACGUGCGCGUCGAGUAUCUUUUCUUCAUCGGCAGUCAGCUGGUAGCCCUGUCGUCGUCGGGAAAGAUUGGCGUAUGGCACGCGAUGACGCAGCACUGGCAGAUACAGGAUCUCGUACCGAUACUUUCCUUCGAUACCGCGGGUUCCUUCCUGCUGUUGGGAUGCAACAACGGAUCUAUCUACUACAUCGAUAUGCAAAAGUUUCCAUUGCGUAUGAAAGACAACGAUUUGCUCGUGACGGAACUUUACAAGGAUCCAUCGAACGAUCACAUUACCGCUAUAUCGGUAUACCUAACACCGAAAACGACAACCGCGGAUCGUGUGAAGGAAGGCCUGUCGGGAAACUGGAUUGAAAUUGCGUACGGUACACGAUCCGGAUCGGUGCGUGUCAUCGUGCAGCAUCCGGAAACGGUCGGUCAUGGGCCGCAAUUGUUUCAAACGUUCACUGUGCAUCAGAGCCCGGUAACGAAGGUGACACUAUCAGAAAAGUUUUUAAUUUCGGUAUGCAGCGAAUACAACCACGUGCGAACGUGGCAGGUACCACGGUUUCGAGGUAUGAUCUCCACCCAGCCUGGUUCGACACCCGAAGCAUCGUUUAAGAUCGUGUCAUUGGAAGCCGUCGAUUCAACAUUUAGCUAUUCGGCAGGGAACGAUUUCGGUCCAUUCGGAGAGCAAGACGAUGAGCAGAUAUUUGUCCAAAAGGUCGUUCCCGAUACGGACCAACUGUAUGUUCGGCUUGCCUCAAACGGUGAACGCAUUUGUCUGAUACGGUCCGUCGACGGUACCACGAUCACGUCGUUUUGCGUGCACGAAUGUGAAGGAUCACGGAUGGGAUCCAGACCGCGCCGAUUCAUCUUGUCUGGACACUGCAACGGUGCAAUACAAAUGUGGGAUCUCACCACCGCACUAGAAAUAUCGAAAAAGAAGGAUCAACCGAAGCGUUGUAUCGGAGGGCCAACGGCCGACGAGUUGAUCCGGGAACUAGAUCAGUGUGACCUAAGUAACAGCCAUUGCUCGACCCCCUGUAUGUCGCCGUGCCCAUCGGCAUUUUCGGGCAGCAUUGAACCUAACGCUAUGGGAAGGCUGAAACCUUUCAAUGUAGCGUUUUUGAAUCAAUCGGCUGCAGCUACAAUUGGUGGCCCACAACAAGCCCCAUUGCAGGGCCCCGCAGUACUGGGGGCGGCUGCAGUUGCCGCUCCUUUGCAGCCGGUAAUAGCCGCACCGCAUCCUAAUCAACCGAACUGAUCUCUAUUCCGCCGGCAAAGGGACAUUUGAGAAUGGUUCCUGUGUUGUUAUCUCGAGGUGGAAUUUUAAUUAAAUAUAUUUAAUUGUUUUCCGUGUGGUUUAGCGUGGAUAAGAAUGCAAAAAAAUACACACACACAUGUACCCGUGCACAUUCGACAUAGCGUAGGGCUCGAAAUAUUCAAUCCUACAAAGAGCUAGCCAAGUUCUUCUAGCUAUAACAAAUAUUUACUCCCCCACUUCUUAGAUCUACGCAAUUCUCUCUAGCAAGACUAUGUUUCAAGGGCAAUAUUGGAAGUACCUAUUUCUAUUGCUUAACAUACCUCCACUGAAACCCCAUAGGUUGUGUUUGUUUUGCAAUAUUAUUGUCUUGUUUAUUGUGCUGUGCUGUGUGCUGUCGGAUGUGCAGAACAUGAUCAAUUAAAAAUUCAGUUAUAAUGUGCUUUAAGAACAUACAUAUAUUUUUGUACAAUAAAUUUUACUGCAAUAUCAUACCCUAA